AUGGCAGAUCCACCUAGUAAAGAUGGCAAAGAACCAGCAGUGACCGAACCUGUUUCCACUCAGCAUUACAAUCAAAUAUACGCAGCGUUUGCUCCACAAUGUAAUUCCUCCAGAAUUGGUCAAACCAGGGCCCUGCUUCCAAAAACAUCACCACUUGUAGCAUCUGCUCUCAAUGGAUCAUUUCCGCUUUUGCUAUUAGUUGAUCACAUCCUUUCAUUUGCGACUUGGACAAACAAGGAUCCCUAUUACAAUUUUCUUUGUAUCUCUGUUUUUAUCACAAUCGUGAAAUACUGGGGGCUGGUUAGUUUUUAUGGUUUACCUCUAUUGCUUGCUAUUAUAUUUUCUAGCACGGCUUGGUUUACACAGAUGGUUUAUCGUGACUCAAAAGAACCGCCAACUCUGGAAGAAAUCGUGGACACUUUAUCCAAUAUCAACACAAAGUUUGAUGCUCUUUUUGAACCACUAACAAGAAUGAAAAAGCUGAACAGCAGACAAUUGUUUAAGUUAUUUAUUGGCGUGUUUGCACUAUCACCAAUGUACAUCUUUGCAAUGACGUCAAUUCUAUCCACCAAACAAGCUAUCCUAUCGUUAGGCGUGUUGUUACUUAGUUAUCACUCCUCAUGGAACAUUGCUACGAGAAGGUUACUCUGGAGAUCGCUGUAUAUUCGAAAGUUAAUAGCUGUUACUACUGGACUGCCGGUCGGUCUACAUGCACAAUUAUCAGCUGCUCAACUUGCCAGAGGUCUCAGUUCUGCAGAACACACAGCAGACAUGUCAUUGCAGGAGAAAAUUGUUACAUUCCAGGUUUUCGAAAACCAACGUCGAUGGCUGGGUGUGGAUUGGUCAUCCUACCUCCUUCCUUUCGAAAGAUCUGCAUUUACCAAUGAAUUUCUUGAAGAGUGUCACGGUUUAACUCAAUUUGAAUUUCCUCCAAUUCCAACGACAAGCUCUAGACCUGAUGGUAAGGUACUAAUAAUGAAAUGGUCUUGGGUUGACCCAGACUGGUUACUUGACCUCAGUUUUAACGACAACAAAUCACCUGAAGGAUGGGUCUUUUACAACAAUAAUUGGAAAUCCCCGAGUUACACGGACUCCAUGACCUGUUUUACCAGAACCCGAAAAUGGUUACGUAAAGCCAAACUGACAGUUCAGGGAAGUAUCUAA